AGGCUGUGCAUGUGGGGCACGAUGGUGCCUGCCAGGGUGCUGGGGCUGCUGCUGUGCGUGCAUGUCUGCAUGGGCAGCGAGGAGCUGCGGCUGGUGGAUGGCGGUGGGCGCUGUGCCGGUCGCGUGGAGGUGAAGCAUGAAGGCGAAUGGGGCUCCGUCUGCAGCUACGACUUCGACUGGGACAUAAGAGUGGCGGGCAUGGUGUGCCGCCAGCUGGGCUGUGGCACGGUGGCCCAUGCGUCCCCAUACGCCCCAUUUGGGCAGGGCAAGGGACGCAUCUGGCUGCAUCCCUUCUUGUGCCAAGGCACUGAGACCACCCUGCAGAACUGCCCCCACUUUGGCUGGGGGAACCACUACUGUGGCCAUGAGUGGGAUGUUGGGGUGAUCUGCACAGAGGCGCUGGAGCUGCGGCUGGCAGACGGUCGGGGACCCUGCGAUGGGAGAGUGGAAGUGAAGCUGCGGGGACGCUGGGGCACAGUGGCUGACGAUGCUUGGGACAUGGAUGAUGCUGAGGUGGUGUGCCAGCAGUUGGGCUGUGGCUCGGCUGCAAGCACGAAGUUUACCUGGCGAAUUUCACAAGUUAGCAGUCCUGUAAUGUUGGUCCGUGUCAACUGCAAUGGGACCGAGAAAGCCAUCUGGGACUGCAACAUUCAGGGUUGGGGUCCCUACAGUACCCCUCUUGAUUAUAGCACCUCUGUGGUCUGUCAAGGUGAGAGCUGGGCACAUGCAGCCAAGAGGAAAGCC